AUGCUACCGGUGAUCGAACAGACCCUGAGGCGGCGGCUACUCACUCGGAUCCUUCACCAGGCGGAUCUCAUAGGGGGGCUCAUGCUAUUAAUUCAUGCUUAUGAUAUAUUUCUUAACAUGGAGAGAAAAAUUAUUGCACUUUAUUCUGUAGAAAUCGAUGAAUGUGCAAUCAACGCAUCAAAUUGUGAACAAAGCUGCAUAAACACAAUUGGAAGCUUCACAUGCAGUUGCCUUCCUGGCUAUAGCAUCAAUGCAGCAAACAGUUCACUUUGUGAUGAUAUAGAUGAAUGUGCAACCAACACAUCGAAUUGUGAACAAGCCUGCAAUAAUACAAUUGGAAACUUCACAUGCAGCUGCUUUCCUGCAUACAGCAUCAACGCAACAAAUACUUCACGUUGUGAUGAUAUAGAUGAAUGUGCAACCAACACAUCGAAUUGUGAACAAGUCUGCAAUAAUACAAAUGGAAGCUUCACAUGCAGCUGCCUUCCUGGGUACAGCAUCAACGCAACAAAUGCUUCACGUUGUGAUGAUAUAGAUGAAUGUGCAACCAACACAUCGAAUUGCGAACAAGUCUGCAAUAAUACAAUUGGAAGCUUCACAUGCAGCUGCUUUCCUGGGUACAGCAUCAACGCAACAAAUGCUUCACGUUGUGAUGAUAUAGAUGAAUGCGCAACCAACACAUCGAAUUGUGAACAAGUCUGCCAUAAUACAAUUGGAAGCUUCACAUGCAGCUGCCUCCCUGGGUACAGCAUCAACGCAACAAACACUUCACAUUGUGAUGAUAUAGAUGAAUGUGCAACCAACACAUCGAAUUGCGAACAAGUCUGCAAUAAUACAAUUGGAAGCUUCACAUGCAGCUGCCUUCCUGGGUACAGCACCAACGCAACAAAUGCUUCACGCUGUGAUGAUAUAGAUGAAUGUGCAACCAACACAUCGAAUUGUGAACAAGUCUGCCAUAAUACAAUUGGGAACUUUGCAUGCAACUGCCUUCCUGGGUACAGCAUUAAUGCAACAAACACUUCACAUUGUGAUGAUAUAGAUGAAUGCGCAACCAACACAUCAAAUUGUGAACAAGUCUGCACUAAUACAAUUGGAAGCUUCACAUGCAGCUGCUUUCCUGGGUACAGCAUCAAUGCAACAAACACUUCAUGUUGUGAAGAUAUAGAUGAAUGCGCAACCAACACAUCGAAUUGCGAACAAGUCUGCAUUAAUACAAUUGGAAGCUUCACAUGCAGCUGCCUUCCUGGGUACAGCAUCAACGCAACAAACACUUCACAUUGUGAUGAUAUUGAUGAAUGUGCAAUCAACGUUGCCAACUGUCAACAAAGCUGCACCAAUUCUGUUGGAAGCUUCACAUGUAGUUGCCUCCCUGGCUUCAGCAUCAACCUGACAAAUCCUUCUGUUUGUGAUGCACAACGCAAAGUAAUCUUAAGGUUUACUGUCGUCAGUGAGGAUGUGGAUUUGACUAAUCAACAAGUAAGAGAGAAAGUUCUUCAAAAUCUUCAGGAUUUAGUCCGUAGCAAAACAGCAAAGACAGAAAGGAAGAGAUAAGUGAAAUCUGCAAUUUAUGCCGUACUUCACUACAUCGCAAUUUGAACCACAGCGAUGUGAUCUCAAGUGGGAAAAGAAUGUUUCAUCAUUAUUGUAUUAUUGAAUUUAAGUUUUACAGUUGACUCCUCUAAGAUCUCUACCAUCUCUGCUUAAGUUAUUGCUGAUUAUUAAUAUAAUUGGGAAUUCCAUUCAACCACAUUAACAUUUCCAUAGUUAGACACUUAAACAAUUUAAAGCAAGCGUAUUGUUAAAUAAAACUAAUGUUAGAAUAUUUAAAAGCUGUGAUAAGUAAUGUUAGUACAGCUCCUCAGGAAGACUUGUAAAUGCAUUGUCAAAUUAUUUUCUGUUGGCAUCAGGUCAUUUCAUUACAAACACAAAGGGAAAUUAAGAAUAAACAAGGUAUUAUUUAUACUAUAAUAAUACUAUAAUACCUUGUGAUACACUUGCAUGGAUUCUGUUAAGUGAUGUGAAGCAAAGAUUUUCAGAGAUUAAGCAAAACUGGGAGAAAAAAAAUCCCUAAACUCCAUCAUGGUCACUCAAAAAAAACCAUUACAACAAAAUCUCUUCACAAUAACCUAAUACUAGCUUUUUUUCUAUUUCUAAUUUUAAGUUAAAAUGAAAAUUUCUCACUGAUGCUUGUUGUAUGAAACUAUAAAUUGCGCUCAGCACAUCACAGAUAAUGUCACCUCUUGACUCAAGUUAGAAUCUCUUUACAGAAUACCAUAAAGAACCUCUCCAGUCUCAUUUUGACCUGAAAUGUUUAAGAUGAGUUUAUCAUCCAUUUAUUAUUCAUCCAAUUUUAUGAGUAUUAUGCUGGUACCAAUUCUGUCAAAUGUCAAAUGAGGAACAAAAGAAGAAAAAAAUGUGGAAUUCUGUGGUGCCCUGUUGAAGUGCAAACAAAUGCAUUAUCUGCAACAUGCUAGCAUCUUUGUAAACAUGGUGAAUCAAUUUAUUAUAUAUUCAGCCUCUUUCUUGUUGCAGAAUGCAGUUUGUUGUAAAGGAUUGAAACAAAACUAUUUGAUGAAUUUUAAUAA